AUGGCCACUUUAAAUCUUUCCUCAGUGACUGAAUUUAUCCUUGAAGGGUUAACAAAAUGCCCAGAGCUUCAGUUGCCACUCUUCCUCCUGUUCCUAGGAAUCUAUGUGGUCACAGUGGUGGGCAACCUGGGCAUGAUCGUCUUAAUUGCUAUCAGUUCUCAACUUCACACUCCAAUGUACUAUUUUCUCAGCCAUUUGUCAUUCAUCGAUCUCUGCUACUCCUCUGUCAUUACUCCAAAGAUGCUGUUGAACUUUUUGUCAGAGAAGAACAUUAUCUCCUUUCUGGAAUGCAUGGCUCAGCUUUAUUUUUUCCUUAUUUUUGUAAUAGCAGAAGGCUACAUUCUGACUAUCAUGGCAUAUGACCGUUAUGUUGCUAUCUGUAGCCCACUGCUUUACAAUAUAAUCAUGUCCCAUAGGGUCUGUUCCAUAAUGAUGGCUGUGGUAUAUUCACUGGGUUUGUUUGGAGCCACAGUUCAUACCACCCGCAUGUCAACAUUAUCCUUCUGUGGACCUCAUACUAUCAGUCAUUAUUUUUGUGAUAUUCUUCCCUUGUUGAGUCUGUCUUGCUCCAGCACCCACAUUAAUGAGAUAUUGCUAUUUAUUAUUGGAGGAGUUAAUACCUUAGCACCAACACUAGCUAUGCUUAUCUCUUACGCUUUCAUCCUCUCUAGUAUCCUCCAUAUUCGGUCCUCUGAUGGACGGUCCAAAGCCUUUGGCACUUGUAGCUCCCAUCUCAUGGCUGUGGGUAUCUUUUUUGGGUCUAUAACAUUCAUGUAUUUCAAGCCCCCUUCUAGCAAUACUAUGGAACAGGAGAAAGUGUCCUCAGUGUUCUACACCUCUGUGAUCCCCAUGCUGAAUCCCUUGAUCUACAGCUUGAGAAACAAAGAUGUGAAGAAUGCACUGAGGAAGGUGGUUGGGGGAAGGUAG